GGAAUGCUGAGCCCGAUUGCUGAUUGGUUCCUGCUGGAAUCACGAGGCUGCAGAGAUCAGAAGGGAAAUCAAGAGCUUCCAGGAUUGAGAAAGUGGGGGAAGAGAUUUGAAAAUGAGCUGCCCAGUGAGUUUGUGUGGAGUCGAUGAAGAGCUGAAGGAAAGGCUUAAAAAAUUUCGCUUUCGCAAAGAGACCACAAAUGCAGCCCUGAUAAUGAAGAUUGAUCAGGAACAACAUAUGGUGAUACUGGAUGAAGAGUAUGAGGAUAUUUCCCCAGAAGAACUUCGGAAUGAACUCCCUGAACAUCAACCUAGGUUUGUAGUUUAUAGCUACAGAUAUACACACAGUGAUGGAAGGAUUUCCUAUCCACUCUGCUUUAUUUUCUUCAGUCCUUGCGGUUGCAAGCCUGAACAGCAGAUGAUAUAUGCUGGUAGCAAAAUUGGAUUGGUGGAUAUAGCAAAACUUACCAAGGUGUUUGAAAUUAGAAAUACAGAAGACUUCACUGAAGAGUGGCUUUGCAAAAAACUUGGAUUUUUCCGUUAACAAAGUCACAGUAUUCUGUUUCACUUCAUAUGAAUGACAUGAGCUUGAAUUUUAAAUAUGCAUAUAAACUGGAAAAUUAAGUAAUUUUUAUACUUUGUGUUCAAAGUUGUAUUGGAUUUAAGCACUGUGAAAAUGUUGAAUGCAGUUUUCCAAAACAUUAACUUAUCAAGCACUUAACCUUUUUCUGUUCUUGGUGGAAGCCAUAAAAAUAAGAUAAGAGUUUUUGAGCAUACGUGGAUAGUAUGGUCAUUUUGACCUCUGGUUCAAGCAUAAUCCAAGCAAUCAUCGUCAUUCUUUUUCCUUUAAGGAUUAUCAAUUAAUGAAUUUAUCUAAACAUUUUAUUGUGUAAAACACACUAGAGUGUGAAACCUGUUCUUUUCAGAUAAAUAGGCUUCUGUGUUGACCCUGCCUUAUCCUUCAAAUUAUCCAAAGUUUUCACAUACUGUUUUUAAAAUUAAAACACUCUAUGACUGUACUAGUCAUGUAUAUUAUUACUCUUGAUUUCAUGAAUUUUCCAUAUAAAUUCCAUAAUUGGUUUUCAUUGUUACAUUUCAAAACUUGAAAAAUAUUGAAAAGCCCAAUAUGUGACCAUAUGUAUUCAUUAAAGAAUUAGUAAUAUUGGUUGACUAUUUUAAAGUAAAACCUUAUUUUUGACAUAUUUAACUUCCAUGGCUUUGCAAAUUUUUCUCUGUCAUGACCCACAUUUUUUGUCUCAAGUGUCUUCACAAGAAUCUUCCAAACUAGCAACUAUCCUGGCAGUGGCAAAGGCAUUCCACAUAACGAACUUAACCUUCUAGACUAGAGAGCCAGUGAGGGAGAUUUUCUUCUACUGUUUUGUAUAAGAAGGGUUGUUUUUAAGUUAGAUGGCCACAGAGCACAGUCCAUUUGGAGACAUUUAAUCCAAAGUAUUAAAUGCCUCAGAAACUGAUUAUGGUUGUUGUCGCUACCUAUGCCUUAUGACUUACCACCUUGAGACUUAAGGCAACACUCCAGCAAGCAAGUCCCAUUCAGCUCUUCAAACCCUGCUCAUAAGCUAGUUUAGCAGAAGCAGAGAAGCAUAAAUGGUAUUCAAGGCUGCUUCUAGAAUUUAUUUCCUGUGUAAGUUAAUUUUCAGUAUCUCUAGUUGAUUUUCUAUUAAAAGGGCAUUUUUUUAAAAAGAUUUAAAAAAAAAAUCAGAUCUCUGGAACACAACUCUAAUUCUAGUUAGCAUAUUUGAAAAUGUUAAGUCUAUACAAAUUGUACUGAAUUAGAACAUGUACUGUAACGCUUAAGAAUGAAUAAAUGGUUUCAUGGUAGGUUAUUUAGUCUAAGUUUGAUACCUUCAGUGAUAAUUUUCCCCCAGUCUAUUUGUUUUGUUUUCAGUUGUUCCUAUGUCUAUGUUUCUAACUUAACAUCUUGCUUAUUUAAAGAAUCAUUUGCAAGGUAGUUUACGACAAGAUACUGAGCAUUGAGUUAAUCUCUUGGCUUUGGAUUUCAAAUAAUCUACUUCCAUUUGAAUAAGUUGGAAUCAGCUAAAUAGAUUUCAUUUUGCAGAAGAAAAUCUUGAAUUCCAUUUGUUACAUCUGAUUUAAAUGAUGAAAUUAAUGCUUUCAGUGCUUGAGUUACUUAGGCAUGUGUGGGUACUUAAUGUAUUGCAGUAGCAAUUGUUGCAAUGCUAUGGCAUCCUUCCCGUGGAAGCUGCAAACAGAAUUUCAUUUAUUAAUGGAGACUUGCAGAAGUGUUCAAACUACAAUUUACAUCUGAAUCUUGGCAAAUAAUUUUUACAGUCUCUCUUCCUUACUUUUCUAGUGAGCAUUCCAAAAUGCAUUUAGCUGAAAAAUGUAUGUCUUGUAUAAUGUCUUGUGCAAAAUCCACAGUGAUUUUUUUUAACAUCAUAUUGCUCAAUUUUUUAAUAGAUACUAAUCUUGGGAUACAUUAUUUGAUAUACCUUAUACAUUUUGUUUGUUGCAUGCUUAACUACCAUUUGAAAAUAGAAUUAAUUACUGCUCAAUAUGUACAAUGUUAUCUUAAAAGUAAAUGGUCAAAUUAUUAAGAAAAACAGUCUUGCCAAGAUGUCCUUGUGUAGUAUGAGGAUUUUUGCUGUGUUUUUGUUUAAUCAUAUUAAAUGUCUAUUCAUGCCUUUUAAUACACCCAGUUUCCCAGUCUGGCAACACCUCAAUUUUACAUUUAUUUGUUUUCAAAAUGCCUUGUCCCUUUACAAUCUCUCACCCGAAUAUUUAUGCUUCUAUAGUUCGACUCCUGCAAACAUGUGCUUUAAUUGCAGUAGCAUCAGUGAAUAUCUUUAACAUCCUAUGCUCUGGAAUUCCCUCCUUAAAUUUUCACUGUACCUCUUUGUAAUUAACUUUAAAAGGAAGCCUUUUGACUAUCAGUGCUAAUCUAUCAUUUGAUUGUGUCAAUUUUUUUUGUGUUUGAAGCUGUGAAGUGCCUUGGGGUGCUUUAUUAUGUUAACACUAUAAACGCAAGUUUGUUAUUGGGAUUACAACUGCAUAAAAGAAAAUUACAAUUUUUGUACCACUUUAAGGAGCUUUUCAGAUUGAUGUACUGCUCAUUUGAAUGAUUUGUACUAAAAUGAGAUGUGACAUGUCUGUAUCCUGAAAUGCAUGAUGCUAGCAGUAAGUAUAAAGGUUAACUGUAACUGAA